GUUCCCAGUGGUGCGUGUCUUUCUGAGCGCUUUGUGAAGCUCUUCUCUUUUUUGUUGUUGUUUAAGAAUAGCGUCAAAAGGUCAUAGUAGUGUGCAGCUCUUUUUUUCUCUCCGGUCCACGCAAGUCGGCAUGCAACGACUUGCUAGAGCCGCAAGUGUCACCGCAACGGCGUCGGUGGGCCUCGCCGGUCACCAUCCGUGCGGUGCGAGUUCCUCUUCCUCCUCUCCUUUUCCUCGUUCGCCGCUGCUCGUCCAACGUCGUGGCAUUCGCAAUCUACACCAGUACCCUCACGCGCGAUACAAGAGUCUCGUGAAAGACAACCGCCGCUUCGCGCGCAACUGGUGGCUCACGGGGGGCAACAAUUACGAGCUCGUCUCUGAAGUCGGCCACGAGCGCGAAGCAACCGAGAACUUCUCCACGUUGCGCGACGACAGCGACAACGACGCCUUCGUGCUUUCCACAAACAAACUAGAGGACCUGCCACCGGCGGAACGGCUGAACACACUCGUGGAGCUGAUGCGCGUUCGCUGGAAGGUGCGCGACAACAACCGCGGCUUUGACAAGGCGAAACUGAUGCUGAAGGCGCUAGAGUGCUUCAGUGAGAUGCGGCAACUCGAACAAAUCAAGGCGUUUCACGAGCUGCCCGAGCCCGACCAGGACACGUUUCUCCAGUACGUAGAGGGUUGCGUCAAGUACGCGCAGGCGUGCUCGCACUCGCACCCUGAUGCCGUCGCCGUCGUACUGCGCGCGGCGGAGAUCUGUGACGAAAUGCGGUGUACUGACAAGCGCGAGGAGUUAAUUCACAUUUCUGAAGAGAUGGCGAAGCGGCUCGACCGCGCGUACGCUUCUGCCCGCCCAUAUGCCACGAAGGCGCAGCUGCUGCCCACGCCGAUCUCUGAAGUACACAGCCAACUCCGCAUGAAGCAAGUGAAAGCGUUGGAGGAGCACUUCAAAGACAACCCGGCAGUCGUGGAGAAAACAAAGCCGCGCGAGUUCUUUCGCGGACCACGCAGUCGGAAGAUCUACCACGAUCCUAUGCGCCACAACGAUGUGCACCGCCACCUGCUCGCCAUCCCGCAUCGUCCGGAAACGCGGUCGUGGAACGCGUGA